UUCCGAUCCCCACUUAUCAAGUACUACUAUGGCUCUGGCCCAGUUGUUGCGUCCCUCGAAAGGUGUCCUUGGGACAGUAUCGUCACCGAUUCCUCAAGGAUCACAAUGGGCCUCCAUGUACAACCCCACCCCAACCCGGCCUUUGCUCAAUCUCUCCCAAGGCGUACCGGGAACAGCACCGGAAAAGAUGUUGCGAGAUGCCAUAACCGCUUCUUCCGCGUCCGAUGCCUGGGGAUAUUGUAUCGCUGAAGGAGAAGGCGUGUUGAGGGAAGGCGUAGCCCGGGAGAUGAGACAAAUUUAUCGAGAGGGGGAUGUUGACGCGGAUGUGAAUGCAGAAGACGUGGCGAUAACAGCUGGCUGUAAUAUGGCGUUUGUUGCUGCGGUAAUGGCCCUCGCAGACAACGGCGACGAAGUCAUCUUGCCGAUUCCUUGGUACUUCAAUCACCAAAUGACUUUGACUCUCCUCGGGAUAACACCAGUGUCCCUACAGACGUCGGCUGAGGAUGGUUUUUUCCCGUCUGUAGAGAAAUGCAAAGGCCUCAUAAACUCUCGUACAAAAGCAAUUGCUCUUGUUACGCCAAAUAACCCGACAGGCGCUUUCUAUCCCCCUUCCUUGCUCUCACAGUUUUUUGCACUGGCAAAAGAACACAAUCUCGCACUUAUCAUCGACGAGACUUACCGAGACUUCAUCACAUCCGGCCCGCCCCAUCCCCUCUUUUCAUCGUCAAAUGGCUGGCGCACGACCCUCAUACAUCUCUUCUCUUUCUCCAAGUCGUAUCGGAUCCCAGGAUAUCGCCUUGGUGCACUGGUCGCUGCCCCCUCGUUAUUGAAGGAGAUUAACAAAGUCCUUGACUGUCUCCAAAUCUGCGCGCCACGUGCGCCACAGCUAGCUCUAGGGCCUCUACUACCGAAUCUCAGAAAUUCGGUAAGAGAGAUGGCUGAGCAGCUCGAGAAGAGGCAUGCGUUGUUCCGAAAAGAGCUUCCACCGGCGUGGAAGGUUGGCGCAGCAGCAAGAGGGGGGUAUUAUGCAUUCGUACGGCAUCCCUUCACCAAUAUCGGUGCGGGCGAGGUAGCCAAAAGGCUUGCGGUGGAACUAGGGGUUGUCGGUCUUCCUGAGGGUUUUUUCAAAGACGGAGACGCCAGUGAUGGCAGGUGGAUAAGGUUCUCGGUCGCUAAUGUGGACGACGAAAAGAUUGUAGCUGCAUGCAAGCGCCUCAAAGAAGCAGAAGACAUCUUCGGGUGGGAGAUAGACGCGAGUAAUUAGAGAUAUAGAGUUUAUUUGACCGGUGACGAAUCU